AUGAAAACUCUAAAGGACACUUCAAAAUUAUCAAUUAAAAUGAUGUCCAGUUUAUUAAUUCUCCUGGAAGUGAUGGUAGUAGCAACGGCAAGUGAAGCGCUGCAAAAAAUAGAACCACCGCCAUGCAAAAGCAAUAUUUAUUGUCAUGGAGAUUUACUGCAUGAAGUACAAAUGUCCCGAAUAUUUCCCGACUCCAAGACAUUCGUCGACAUGAAAAUGAAGUACACUCCUGAAGAAACUCUCAAGAAAUUUGAGACGAUGAUGAGCCACAUAAAAGAGCGGCCUCCACCUCCAGAAGAAAUAAAACGCUUUGUAGAAGACAAUUUUGACGAAGCGGGCUCUGAGUUUGAAGACUGGAACCCCAUUGAUUGGCGAAAGGAGCCGAAAUUUUUGAAAAGUAUUAAAGACCCGAAUUUGCGUAAAUUUGCGUCUGAUCUCAAUGACAUUUGGAAGCUGCUGGGGAGAAAAAUGAAGGACGACGUUCGUAUUAACCAGAAUCUCUACUCGAUUCUCUACGUACCUCAUCCCGUGAUUGUACCCGGUGGAAGGUUCCGCGAGUUCUAUUACUGGGACUCUUACUGGAUAAUUAAAGGACUUUUGCUGUCGGAGAUGCAUGCUACGGUCCGGGGAAUGCUGACUAACUUUGUGUCCAUUGUCAAGCAGAUUGGAUUCAUUCCUAAUGGAGGAAGAAUUUAUUAUACCAUGAGAUCUCAGCCGCCGAUGUUGACUCCCAUGGUUAAAAUUUAUAUCGAUGAUACUAAUGACACUGAGUGGCUGAAAGAAAAUCUUUGGCUGCUUGAAAAGGAAUUUGAAUUUUGGAUGACCAAUCGCACUGUUGAGGUUGAGAAGGAUGGACGGAAUUAUACUUUAGCUAGAUAUUAUGAAAAUUCAAGCGGACCUAGGCCUGAAUCUUACCGGUACAAUAUUUUUUUAUAAAAAUAUUAUUUAAUAAUAAUCAUAAAAAAUAAUAUAAUUUAUAAAAUUAUCAAUUAAAAUUAAUUCAGCAGAUAUUUGAUAAUUUAAAUAAUUUUAACAAAUAAAUUAUGGCAAAAAAAAAUUAUAAAAAAAAUUGAUAUCUAGAAAUUUUAAUAAAUUAAAAAUGCAAUUUUUUGAAAAUAAUUUUUUUGUUGAAUAAAAUUAAAAAAUUGUAAAGUGACAGCUAAAUUUAAUAAUUAAUUAAUUAAUUAAUUAAAUAUUUUUAGGGAAGAUAUUAUGGCAGCUGAAAAUCUUGGCGGUGAAGAAAAAGAAGAAUAUUACAAAGAAAUAAAAAGCGCGGCUGAGUCAGGCUGGGAUUUUUCUAGUCGUUGGUUUAUACUCGACGGUACAAACAAAGGCAAUUUGAGUAAUCUCAAAACAAGAUACAUUGUCCCGGUUGAUCUCAAUGCAAUUAUUUACCGUAACGCUAUUUUACUGGCUGAAUUCAACGACAUGAUGGGUAACUUUGACAAAGCCGCAAAGUAUCGUCAGAUAGCCGAGGAAUGGAAAGAAGCUAUCGACGCAGUGCUCUGGCACGACGACGUGGGAGCCUGGUUGGACUAUGAUAUCCUAAAUGGCGUGAAACGCGACUACUUCUAUCCAACUAAUAUUCUCCCACUCUGGACCGAGUGUUACGACAUCACCAAGCGCGAGUACUACGUCGACAAAGCCCUCAAGUAUCUUGACAAAAGUCAAAUAAUGCUGAAUCUCGGUGGUAUUCCCGCGACAUUUGAGCACUCUGGCGAGCAGUGGGACUAUCCUAAUGCCUGGCCGCCGCUGCAAUAUUUUGUUAUCAUGGCUCUAGAUAAUUGCAAUGAUAUCCACGCGCAGAGACUGGCUUAUGAGCUCAGUGAGAUAUGGGUGAGAAGCGGCGGUGGAGAGUACACAGUGCAGCUGGGCUUCGGUUGGUCAAAUGGUCUUAUUUUAGAUUUAUUAAACAAAUACCACAGCAGCCUUUCAGCAGACAGUCGGUUUAUUCCAACUAUGCUUGAUGACAGCCCAUCGGACCUGGAAAAUUUAAUACCGAACACAGUGAGCGGGGUAUCAACUGCUGGACAAAUGAUGACUGCCCUACUUGCAUUCAUCAUAACUAUCGCCGCAGGAAUUAUUGGAUUGGUUGUGUACAAGCGGCGUAAUUAUUGCUCUCCCAGUUCAUCAAUUCCAACUGGCGCGCGUAAAGCUGCGAAUAUUGCUGAUGAGCGAAAACAUAUUGUGUAUACAGAAUUAAAAAGUAUGAGCAACGAUUGA